CAGAGAUCGUUAAUCAACAUAAACAGCGCUGAUCGUUCAUGGAUCUUAAAACAGGAAACAAAUCGCACAAACACACCAGACAUCACGUCUCAUAUUGACAGCGUUCACUGCACACGAACAACGGCGGGAUCGUUCUUCAGUGUAUUCAGUUUUGAGAUGAGGGAGGCUGUCGAAUACUGAAUGGCCCGAUCAUUUCUCAGCCAUGGCCUCGUUCGUCACUGAAAACAACAACAUUCCGUGCAAGGACUAUUUCCGAAUAUCCAUACCGACGCUUUUAAAAUUUCUGACAGGAUUACCUUUAAUUGGAGUUACUAUAUGUGUUGUUUUGUCUCUACUCUUUGAUUUCGCCUCUUCCACUGCCACACACUGCAAGGUCCCCAACUAUUUGCCUUCUAUCAGUUCGGCGAUCGGCGGUUACACACCACAGCGUUAUAUAUGGAGGAUCUGUAUAGCCCUUCAUUGUGCCCCAAGAUUUCUCCUCGCCCUCGGCUACUUCAACUACCACACCUCCGUCCACAUGCGACAGUACAACAGCGUCUACACGGGGCUGGCAGCCUUGGCCACGACGUUACACAUCUGUGAAAAUAUGGCGCUUGUGGCAUUGACGUAUGUCUCGUCAUCAGAAAAUAUCGAAUUCCACGAAAAUGCAUUUAUCGCCUUCAUGGUGUGUUCGCUCACGUACAUGCUCUUGUUGUGCAUUCUGUUCUCCUGGGGACGCACUGGUAAUGGAAGAAAAAUUACUCCGCUGGAGAGGAAAUCUCUUAACUUGAAGGUCAUGUUGUUCAUCUUCAACUUGUCAAUCUUCCUGUUGGCCGUUUACCUGUACUUCCGCCAUCACGAGUAUUGUGAGCCAGGAGUAUACACUGGAUUUGCGUUGUGUGAGUACCUCACUGUGAUAUCCAACAUAGCGUUUCACGGCACCGUUUCACUGGACUGGAGGGACUACACGUUACUGCUCAGCCACAACGACUUCGUGGACAAACUGCAGGGGAAAUCCGAGUGAUGAACGCCUCAUGUUUGGCUUGUUAUUGUACAUAGAGAAUGAGUGUUUGAUAUCGGGAGCGUGUGAUUAGUAUGUGCCGUUACAUAGUAAAAGGAUUAAAAACAUAACGAAAGCGU